AUGGGUGUUAUCAGCCAAGCAAUGGACUUCUAUAACCGCGAACGACCGGGAGUGAUACGGCAGCCUGGGCGGAUGACGGCCAUCAAGACCAUGAAACGACCACGGCAGAGCAAGCCGUCCGCAACCUACUCCGUCGACCCUGUGGAGCUGUCUCGUCGGCUUUCCUUGGUGCUUGAAGAGCAACAGAGGAAUGCGGAACGCCGGAGACGCGCAAGUCUGAAUCCCGACUUUGCGUCCGCGCCACAUGUGUCGGGACAUCAGCAAGAUUGCAUCGCAGCGGAUCUGUCCGUGAGCACGGGGCUUCGUCGUCCAGAAGCGAAAAUCGACACCCACAAGAGGAAACCGGUCCAACAGCCUUCUUCAGAAGAUGUGGCAAAGGAUGACACCCAGCCCAGCCAUCCGUAUGUACCUCGUGAGGCUGCUUUACAAUUUUCUGUCACGACAACGGCCAUCAGCAUGAGGGAAGGCACCGGAACUACCGGCCUUGUCCGCAGGCUAUCCAGGAGUGCGCUCAAGCUCCACCUCAGCAGAGACGAGCAGCAGAAAGCUUCCAACGGGCGAAAAUCGGAAUCAAAUCAAGUUCAUGGGGGUCGCAUAGCGGAAGAGGUAGAGGGUCAUCCGAGUGGCAAGAGUGAUCAGCAAGAGGAAAACAAGCGCGGCAGCAAAGGCCUUUAUCCGGAAAGGAAGUCUGAGGACCCUAAUGUCCGCGACUCGCAAGUCGUACCAGAUUCUCUCGACCACCACGGCGGCACUACGCCGCCACCACCUCCGGUCAAGCCUCUGCACAUCUCCAUCGCCAACGAGCACCGUGUAGAUUGGACGCAGAGUGACGAAGUCAAAAAGAACAAGCUGUCGCCCCUUUUAAGACGGCCCGUAUCCACCUGGACGUUGCGAGGUCGACUGGUUGGCAAGGAAAAGGGAUCGUUCUCCAACGAAGUCGGUCCAGAAUCACCCGAGCUGAAGUCGCCCAAGUAUGGAUUCUUUGCUAGAUUCAGGCGUUAG